GGAAAAUGAUUUUGAUAUGGAAGUCGAUUGUCACUUGAAUAUACGGGCAUAUCUGCCUAAUUUUAAUAUCAUCGUGCGUUAAACAUUGAAAAAAGUUUGACAAGUACAGUAGUAGUAGACCCGAAACUUUGAAAUAAAUAAGAAAUAAAAAAACUAAAGAUGACUACAGCUCUACCGGCUAUCCGCCAGCAUUCUGGCAAAAUGGGUCAGCAGAACAUGCAGCAGCACCACAUGCCCAGCCCCCCUGUUACUGCCAGGUCUCCUUCCAUGAGCACAAAGAGCUACUUGAAGCCUAUGCGCAGGUCUCUAGGCAAGAAGGAGAAAGAGAUGUUGAUGAGACAAGCAGCGCUUCGCUCGCAGCAACCUGAACUGACCAAAAGGGAAACAGCAGCGUACCGUAAUACCUAUAUGCACAACCUGUGCCUGGACAUGCUGCAGGAAGGCUUCCAUAGGUCCUUCUCUGAACUGUUUGCACUGGUCAAGCGCCAGUACUCUGAGAGAGAGGCAGCAGGGCCAGAGUCCAUGAUGUGGACACAGAUGAUGUUAGACGAGGAACAUGAGAAAUUAGAAAUGCUUAAAGUUUUCCUUACAAGAGCUGAGGCUGCCCUUAGAAAAGAUGACUAUGAGGAAGUGUACAAUGCUCGGUAUCAGCUGGCCAAGUAUUUCCAGAGCACAGGAGACAAGUGGCUGUCAGAUCAUUUCUACACCACGUGUCUGGACACCAGUGGCUCCAUCAAGGCUAAUGUGAGGUUCCAGGCUGAGGCACACUGUAAUGUGGGACUGGCUUUGGAAGAGAGUGGUGAUUACUUCAAUUCAGCAGAACAGUUAGAGAACUUCCACACCCAUGCCUCAGAACACAAGGAUUGGGUCACCAAUGAGGGGGUCACACUGCACGCUGUGUCCUGUAACCAUCUCAUGAGGGUGUACACAACUAUUGGGAACAAACUGGAGGCUAACAAAGAGCAGGAGGCCUCUCUGUCUUAUUUUGUGAAAGCUUACAAUAUGGCUGUGGAAGGUGGUGACCUAAAACUCAAAGGAGAGUCCAGCUACAGAUUGGGGCUUGCAUAUGAAAAGGCAAAAGAUUCUGAAACUGCUCUUUUGUAUCUGAAUGACUUCUUGGAGACCUGCAAGCAACUGAAUGAUGAUGUUGGUAUUGGCCAAGCAUGUGAGGCCAUUGCAAAGUCUUAUGAAAGUCUUGGAAAAAUCAAUGAAAGCAUCCGCUAUUUGGAGCAGUUCUGUGAGGUUGCUGAGAGGAGUAAGCAAGAGAAGGCUUAUAGCAAGGCUUGCAGCAAUUUGGGAGCUGUUUUCAAUUCACUGGGCAAAUAUGACAAAGCCACAGAAUACUUCAGCAAGGCCUACAACCUCUCCAGAGCCCUUAAUGACCAGGAGUCCAUCAAGACGUCCAGGGUCCAUUACGGUGUUGCAAUGGCCCACAACAUGAUGCAGGGUUUCUGUAACCACCUGAUUACCCCCACCAAGCCUAGCAUGGAGAGACAGGUGGAGUGGAAGAGCACCAGGGUGGAUGAGUUCAGCAAGGAGAUACCUCAGGAGAAACAGGAGCAAGAGCAAUUGAGCACAACCCCAGCAUCCCACCAAACACAAUCUGAGCCUGCUUCCAGGGAGGUGUCCAACAUGGAGCCAGCAGCAGCAGGAACGGCAGCCACAGAGACUGCACCAGCCACUGAGGGUGAGGGUGCCCCAAGUCAAGGCAAGGUAGAACAGGCUACAGAGAACCAAGAACCAGCAGACAGCCAAGCACCUGCAGAAAGCUGAACCCAUGAAACCAUGUAAUGAACUGCUCUUGUAACUAGUAUAUUAACGGUUCUCUGGUCUGAAUGAAGGGAAGAGACAGACUUGAGUGAAAACAAUAGACGGAUCAAUCCAUAUGAAAAAGACAUCUUGAUAAACAUUGAAAUCCAUUCUGUGAUAGGUAUUGAGUAUAAUGAAGGAAAGUGAGAAGGGAAAGUAACAUCAGUUUUGUGACGUGUUUGGAGAGAAUUUUGUUUGAUGGCUAAAAUUCUAGGUCUACAGACAGUCAUACCAUCCGUCCAGAUUAUAGUUUGAUUAACCUGCAUAUGCCAAAUUUCACCAUGAAUGAUUCUCUCCAAAAUAAAGGUCGAUUAUAUUCUUAUUGAACUAGUGUAUAUAAAAUAUAGUUUAUUUUUUGUCUGUUAUUUCAGUGUUAUUUAGAUUUAUAGUUUAGCAUUUUAUUGACUCAUUCAUAAAGCAUUACUUUCUGUAUAAUGCUUAUUUCAUGUAGGAAAGAUAUUCCUCACUUUUGAGUGCAGACUUCUUUGCAAUAAGUAAAAUGUUACACAUGCUGAAAAACCCUUUUAUGUUCAUACCUACAUGUUGCGCAUUAAAAUUGCCCAGAAGAACAUUAUACAGAAAUGAAGUAGUAAAAAAGUGGGCUAAUUGUGUGACAAUUUGUAAAUAAAGUCUUUAGAAUUAUUA